AUGGCCGACAGUAACUUUAGUGGCUUCAAUGUUAGCAAUAAGUACCACAUAGGCUCGAUUCUAGGCAGUGGCGCAUAUGGCAUUGUUCGAUCUGCUGUUCACAGACCUUCAGGUCAAAAGGUCGCCAUCAAGAGAAUAGAACUACCCAAUAUCCCAAUAUUUUGCUUGAGAGCUCUUCGUGAGAUAAAACUCUUAAGACGCAUCAGUCACGAGAACAUUAUAUCCAUUUUGGAUAUCGAGAGGCCUUAUUGUUAUAGCGAAUUAACUGAAAUAUAUAUAGUCCAGGAAAUAAUGGACACAGAUUUACAUAAAGCUAUCAAGUCUCAGCUUCUUACUGAUGAUCAUGGCCAAUUUCUGAUAUAUCAGUCAUUGUGUGCUUUGAAAGCAUUGCACUCUCUCAAUAUCAUCCACCGGGAUCUUAAGCCCAGUAACAUCCUGCUAAGCGAGGAUUGCGACUUAAAAAUAUGUGAUUUUGGACUUUCUCGGAGUACCAAGUCUAGUCACCAAUCCCAAGGCUUCAUGACCGAAUAUGUUGUAACUCGGUGGUAUCGAGCGCCAGAGCUCAUGUGGAGUCCCGGAACAUACACUAAUGCAAUCGAUAUCUGGUCGCUUGGGUGUAUCUUUGCUGAGAUCCUCAGGGGCAGGCCUAUCUUCCCCGGCAAGCAUUUUCUUCAUCAGCUGUCAACAAUUUUCGAUAUCCUCGGGUCGCCGACAGCUGAAUUUUGCCGUUCGAUUCGUUCUCCACACGCUCGGAACUACAUACUAUCUAUGCCCUACAAGAGCCCAGUACCAUUCCGAGACUUGUUCCCAACAGCGUCGAGUCAAGCGAUCGAUCUACUUCAAAAGAUGUUGACUCUUGAUCCUUCCAAGCGUAUUACCGCUAAAGAAGCCUUAAAACACCCAUAUGUUGAAAUGUAUUAUGACCCAGCUGACGAACCAAACAUUGCCUUCCAUCCAGGCGGGUCGACAGAUCUCAUUAAGGCUGAGGAAGGUCUAUGCUUGGAAGAGAUAAAGCGAUUGAUAUCUGAGGAAAUAGACGCAAUACAAACGCAAUCUGAGGGUUAUUAUUAG